AUGAUUCAUGCGACAAAAGGCGGUCCAUCCUCCCCUUCCUCUUCAUACCCCCCUUUUUCCGCGACGAGGAACGAGUUGGAGGCAUUAUCCUCCCUUCUCAUAAAUAAAUCCAGAUGUAGUAGGUCUAUCUCCACCUGCUCGGGCUGCUGGUUUUGCCUCCCGGCUGUUAUAGCUCUGACAGCUGCUGCUGCUUAUGUUGCUUGUGCCUCAGCUGUUUUGACUUUCACUGCUGCUACUUGUGUUGUCGCUGCCGUUUUUCUUGCUGAUGCUGCUGAUGAUGGUCUAUUCAAAAUUAAUCUAUCUAUCUAUCUAUCUAUCUAUCUAUCUAUCUAUCUCAGGCUGUCUAUCUAUCUAUCUGUUCAUCUAUCUAUCUAUCUAUCUAUCUAUCUAUCUAUCUAUCUAUCUAUCUAUCUCAUUGUGUUCAUAUCUAUCUAUCUAACUAUCUAUCUCAUUCUGUUUAUAUCUAUCUAUCUAUCUAUCUAUCUAUCUAUCUAUCUCAUUCUAUCCAUCUAUCUAUUAUCUAUCUCUCUAUCCUCUAUCUCAUCUAUUUCUAUCUAUCUAUCUAUCUAUCUAUCUAUCUAUCUAUCUCAGGCUGUUCAUAUCUAUCUAUCUGUCUAUCUAUCUCAUUGUGUUCAUAUCUAUCUAUCUAUCUAUCUAUCUAUCUAUCUAUCUAAUUCUGUUCACAUCUAUCUAUCUAUCUACCUAUCUAUCUCAUUCUUUCAACAUCUAUCUAUUUCUAUCUAUCUAUCUAUCUUAUCUAUCAAUCUAUCUAUCUAUCUAUCUCCAUCUUCAUCUAUCUAUCUAAGUAUCUAUCUAUCUAUCUAUCUAUCUAUCUAUCUAUCUAUCUAUCUAUCUAUCUAUCAAAUCUAA